UGUUUCGUUGCGUUAGGAUAGAAUUGAAAAUACGAUAUUUCUACAUAGAAUAAAACCUUUUGAGAUACAGGUUUAUAGAAUAUUUUGUAGAAUAAUAAUAUAUCGUCAUGGCUGAUAAAAGGCAGCAGAAUUUGUCGAAAGAAGAAAUAGCAAAACAGUUUAUGCUACCAGAGAGAAAAAGUAAGAUUGCUACCUUACUGAAACAGGAUGGACAAGCAUAUUGUAUUUGUAGAAGUUCCGAUAGCUCGCGUUUCAUGAUAGGAUGCGAUGCGUGCGAAGAAUGGUAUCACGGUGACUGUAUAAAUAUAACUGAAAAAGAUGCCAAGCACAUAAAACAAUUCUUUUGUAUUCGUUGUAGAGAAGAGGAUCCAACUUUGAUAACACGUUACAAACCGCGGAAAACGGACCAGGAAGAUCGUAAGUACAAGAAACAUAAGGAAAAGGAGCGAGCUCAUCGAUACGAGUAUGAUGCACCUUGGGAUCCAACCGUAGUAAAAAAAUCAUCGAAACAUUGUGGAGAAUGUACAGGUUGUUUAAGAACCGAGAACUGUGGAAAAUGUGACGCAUGCAGACAUUUGAAAAAAUUUGGACCCUCGGUACGAUUGAAACUCAGAUGCGUACAAAGAACUUGUCGAGUAUUGGGCGAUCCGUUGAAGCCCUCGAAGAGUUUCAGUAAAAGUUCCAAAUUCAUCAAGAAACGUAAGAGGGACUCUAGUAACGAGAGGAACGAGCACCUGGAAGUACCGAGACAUUGUUACGGGCCAGCUUGCACGAAACAAUCACGAUCGGGCAGCAAGUAUUGCUCGGAUGAGUGUGGUUUGAAAUUGGCAACGAAUAGAAUUUACCAAGUGCUACCGCAACGGAUACAAGAAUGGUCGUUAACGCCGUGUAUCGCGGAGCAGAAUAACAGAAGGGCUUUGGAGUCCGUUAGGAAGCAACAACACGACGUUAGAAGGAUACUUCAGGAACUGGACAAAAGACACGCGGAGCUGGACAGAAUUAUUGAACGAGCGAAGCACGCGACGAUCGAUCCGCAAGCCGAAGUGGAUGACAACGACGAUACAGAAAUGAGCAUGUAUUGUAUCACUUGUGGACACGAGAUUCAUUCGAGAACCGCUAUAAAACACAUGGAAAAAUGCUUCAAUAAGUACGAGUCUCAAGCGUCGUUUGGCUCGAUCUUCAAGACACGCAUCGAAGGGCAGGUGAUGUUCUGUGAUUUCUACAACCCCGUGAAUCGAACUUAUUGCAAAAGAUUGCGGGUCCUCUGCCCGGAACAUUGCAAGGAUCCGAAGAUCAGUGAAAUGGAAGUGUGCGGUUGCCCCUUGGUUACGAACGUGUUCGAUACUACCGGGGAGUUCUGUCGGGCGCCGAAGAAAAGUUGCGUGAAGCAUUACGUUUGGGAGAAGCUGCGACGAGCGGAGAUCGACAUGGAGCGAGUGAGACAGUGGUUGAAGAUAGACGAGCUCGUCGAACAGGAAAGGCAAAUCAGAUCGAACAUGGCCACUCGUGCCGGUGUACUGGCCCUCAUGCUGCACUCCACUUACAACCACGAGUUGAUGGAACAGAUGACGCAAGAACAGAACAGGGAGCAACUGGAAGCUAUGGAGGAGGAGCUCCAUCGUAGGAUCUCUGCAAGACAUUUAUUGCAAUUUAAUCGUCAGAAGGAUCAUUUACUUUGGAUGACUCUGGUUCAUCGGGCAACAAGGAUGGCGAUGAUCGAGGAUCCCCAGUGGUGGAAAAUUUGUUUCCAGGAGUCUUUUAUAAAAUGAUUGAAAGUGGUUUCCUCCCUUUUAACUAGUUACAGCGAUAUUGCAAAGGUUUUCAUACUUCUGUAAUAUUUUGUUCCA